AUGUCAAAAUCUUACCUAGAAGCAUUUCGGGAGUCAAAAGGUGCAGAUUCUCGUAGCAGAGCGCUCUUGGAAGCCUUGACACAUGCGUUAGACACCAACAACGGAGCUGAGGCCAGGAGACUAGUUGCGGACUUCAAUGAUUCGUAUGGAUCGCUAGUGGCGAUGGAUUACGAUGGUUAUAUACCUCCGGAUCCUAAAGAAUCGGCCAAUAGUCAGCCGAAUCUUCAGGCCCAAGAAAGUCAGAAGAGUGCAACUCAGGACCUUGCACAACAGAAGCCCAUGAGUUCGAGGUUGAUGGACUCUAGUCAACUACUAGCGUCGAUCUCCGGGUCGUUACUUUUAACGGCCAAGAACCUCAAUCGAUUGGUGCUCGGUCAGGCGGAAAUCCUCCUGUUGAGGUGA